AUGGAUUUGGGGCUAUUUGUUCAGGACCGGGUUUCGGAGUCCCUAGCGUUGUCGUAUGCAGAGGCACCGGGAAGACCGCUCCCAGAUGUGAUAGCACAGCCGGGCCUGUCCUACGAUGAAGUCCUACACGACGACUUCAGGUUCGAUCUCGACGCGCACGAUGUCAUGGUCUUCUUGCACAUUCAGAAGACGGGAGGGACAUCGUUUGGGAAGCAUCUAGUCAUGGAUUUGGAUUUGAAGACAUGUGAAGUGGCUUGGCAUUGCGAGUGGGCUAUUAAAGAACGCGGGCGGGUGGUGACUGCGCGCUACCGGUGCAAAUGGAGGAUCCGCUCAAAGAAAAUGUCGUGUCACGCUGAAGCCAACUAG